GUCCGAUACGUCAUUGCUGCUGCUGUGGGUGGGGGUGGCGGGGUGGGCUCACCUUUUAGCUCUUUAUCCCGCCAAACCACAACAGGCACUUCAACACUGCUCCAUCUCCCACCACUACCACCACCAUGCUCCUCGACGACUAGUCAGCCGUCAACUGCACCGUGUCCGUCGGGCGCGUCGGCUUCCGCUGCUGCCUCCGCGCAGGCGGGCAAUGGCUCAACGACCUCACCUGCGCCUUCCGCGAGGAUUUGAUGACGCACAACACGGCGAUGGGCAGCCGCCUGCGCGCAUGGAACGAGUGCCUCGCGACCGCGGCAGAGGGGAACGACACGCUGGCCGACAUGCUCGCGGACGCGGGGCAACUGUGCUUCGCGGCACCCGGCUCGACGACAGAGUUUCAGGUGGUAAUGCGGGUCCUUCUGCUCGUGUUUGGCGCCGUUACCUUCCUCGGCGCCGUGGCCUUCCUCAUUUCGCUUUAUACCAGCAUGACGCGCGGGGCACAUGAACGCAGGGCCGCGCUGGAGGCGGGCUCGCGCUCCUCCGAGGCGGAGAGCACGCCGCUCUUCGCCGAGGCCGAGGGCGACGAGGAGCAAUGGCACGAGAAGGAGAGCGAUAAGCCGCGAAGCAUGGGCCAUGAUGGCAAAUCGUAGCAAUGUUGCGCACUGCUUUUGUCAGUCUGAUAUGUAUGUACAGUGUGUCAUUUG